AAAGCCUCGGCUGAUAUGCUGAGUCGCAAUAUUUCGAUGAUUUUGGAGAACCUUCUGAAGCGCUACGAACAAUCCCAACUACCCACCCAUGGACAAGGAGUUCCAACAGUGGUGCAAACCAACAUUUUGAUUCGCAGCAUGGGCCCGGUUUCCGAGUUGGACAUGGACUACUCCAUGGAUUGCUAUUUCCGACAGUAUUGGCGGGACAAGAGGCUGAGUUUCAAGGGACCCAUCAAAAGCCUAUCCCUCAGCAUCAAAAUGCUUGACAAAAUCUGGCGACCAGACACUUAUUUCUACAAUGGCAAACACUCACAAAUUCACAUGAUUACUGUGCCCAAUAAAUUACUUAGACUCGAUCAAAAUGGAGGGAUCCUGUAUUCCAUGAGGUUAACAAUUAAGGCCACUUGUCCCAUGGAACUGCAAAACUUUCCAAUGGACAGGCAAUCGUGUCCUCUGGUCAUUGGUAGUUACGGCUAUAUCAACCAACAGCUGAUUUACGAGUGGAAAAACCAGGACGAUGCCGUCUCCUUUGUUCCAGGAAUGACUUUAAAUCAAUUCGAUCUCAUUAGCAUGAUGCAUCGUAAUUUCACAACCGUCCGACGGGAAGGUGACUUUUCGGUCUUACAUGUGGCAUUUAAUCUUAAAAGGCACACUGGAUAUUUUCUGAUACAAGUUUAUGUGCCCUGCAUUCUGAUCGUGGUUUUGUCGUGGGUCUCCUUUUGGAUUCAUCGCGAGGCCACAAGUGACAGGGUCAGUUUGUGUGUGACCUCGGUUCUAACUCUAUCCACGAUCAGUUUGGACUCGCGAACGGAUCUGCCAAAGGUCAAAUACGCCACUGCCUUGGACUGGUUUCUACUGAUGAGCUUUCUGUACUGCAUUGCCACUUUAUUGGAGUUCGCUGGCGUUCAUUACUUUACGAAACUCGGAAGCGGCGAGAGUCCCCAGAUGGAGGACCAGUGGGAGGACGUCUGCGUGGCCAACACUCCAUCGGAUCCCGCGGCGGAGGCUGAACCCUUUGUUGAUGGUGACCCCGACGAGGACACAAGCGACGAGGACGGCACCGAAAACGAUGAAAACGAGGGAGGUGCCAGUGAAUCGAUCGACUCGAAGAAUGGAGUGUGUGCUUGCAAUAAGAACGAUGCCCUUGGAUUGGAGUACGAUGGUUUCCUGGUUUGUCCAACAUAUAAUGAUCCAUCGUAUAUCGUGCCCAAAACAACUUCAUUUGCGACCACCGUGGAAAGCACAACUCAAACGGAGCCUCCUGCCGUUUCGCGAUUGCAUCAAAUGUGGCUUUGCCUGAAAAGCGAUAAUAGUUUUCGAAAACAGCGAGAACGGAAUGCCGCAGCUCAGAAAAACGAACAAGGAGGCGCCAAUGUUUAUGUCAACAGUGUUUCCCUCAUCGAUCGAGUGGCGCGAAUAGCUUUUCCCAUGUCCUUUGCAUUCCUGAACCUUUUGUACUGGUGGGCUUACGGAAUGCACAAAAAGGAGUUCUCCUGGUCCAAUAUGAAGUCAUAA